CUGAAAAUGCUCAGCAGUGGACUACAAGGAUUGACUGGAAACAAAUUGCAGCUCAACCAUUGAGAGCAAUAACUGGUGGACGGUGAUAUGAACUGAAAGAUGACAUUGAUGUUCAAGCACGUCUGGCUGCAAUCACUAGAAUAUUGGAUGUUAUGGAGUUGGAAAAAGAGAAGGCAGUAAAUAAAGCUCAAGAAGUGUGCGCUUUAUGUGUUGAUACAAGUCAUAAAACUUUGGAAUGUCCCGCUUUGUCAAUGUAUCAGGAGAAUGGUAUAGAGCAACCUCAGAAUGUAAGUUGGGUGGGUCGACCUCAGAAUCCACCAAUGUCAAACAGUUGAUACUCCAGCAUGGCGGAAUCACGCUAAUUUUUCAUGGAGAAAUUAUCAAGGAAAAUCAAGUCAGCCAGCUGCACCUCCUCAAGAGUAAUUUUCAGCAGUUCCCAUUGAGUCAAUGCCAGCAGCCUUUUCAACCUCCUAAGAUCACUGGAUGAUACAAUUGCUCAGAUGGCCGCCACUUUUCAGCAAUUUAUGGCAAGCCAAAAUGCAACCAAAACUCAUAAUUCUCAGGCCAUUAGUGAAAUCAGAGGCACACUCCGCAAAAUGAUGACCACUCUAAACACUUUAGAGAAGGGUAAAUUUCCAGCUCAAACUCAACCCAACCCGCAAGUGUACAAGAAGUCACAAGUGCAUUCGGUUGAGAAUGAAGAUGUUAAACCAGUGAAAGUUGUUAUCACACUUAGGAGUGGAAAGCAAACUGAGCACGUUGUACCGAGGCCAUUAGCUGAAAAUGAUUCUAAGCUUGAUCAAUUUUUGGAAGUCUUGGAAGAUGUAUUUGAGUCACCUAAAGCACAUGUUGACCAGGGUGGGGAUCAGCAAAAAGAGAUUGAGCCUUUGGGUCAGGAAAUUGAGGAAUUGAGAAAGGAGUAUGUUCCUGCAGCACUAUACCCUCAGAGGUUAUUGUUGGCUACCAAGAGUAAGCAGCAAAAAGAGAUUUUGGAGGCGUUCAAAAAAGUGAAAAUUAAUAUUACGGUGCUGGAGGUCAUUCAACAUUUUCCUUCCUAUGCCAAGUUUCUAAAAGAACUAUGUACAGUGAAGAGACAAUUGAAUGUGAAGAAGAAAGCCUUUUUAGUGGAACAAGUUAGUGCAAUCAUUCAGCGUGAGACUCCUCCAAAGUAUAGAGAUUCAGGUUCUCCUACAAUUUCCAUCAUGAUUGGUGAAUCCCGAAUUGCAAGAGCCUUGCUGGACUUGGGCAACAGUGUGAAUUUGUUGUCAUACUCGCUUUAUGAGCAACUUGGACUGGGAGAGUUAAAGGCAACUACACUUAUGCUGCAGUUAGCCAAUAGGUCAAUCAAGAGACCGAGGGGAGUUAUGGAAGAUGUGCUUGUGAAAGUUGACAGAUUUUACUAUCAAGUUGGCUUUGUAAUUCUAGAUAUGCAGCAGUCAAAUGGCAACAAUUCUCAAGCUCCUGUCAUCCUUGGAAGACCAUUUUUAGCUACGUCAAAUACUUUGAUCGACUGUAGAAGUGGUGUUCUGAAGCUUACUUUUGGGAACAUGGGACUUGAGUUAAACGUUUUCAAUGCUUGCAAAAUGCCGAGUCACUUUGAUGACACAAGUGAUCUGAAUUCUGUAGAAGUCUUGACACCAGCAGAAAUUAAUUAUUUUUCUACACCACUUGAGGCACAAGUUGUAGGCGCUAAAUGGCUGCCCCAGUUUGAGACUCCACCACCACCGGACAUACUUAAAUCUUCGGAGGAAGAAGUUCGCCAGCUGGAACUGAAAUCACUCCCUAGAGAUUUAAAAUAUGUCUUUCUUGAUCCUAAAGAAGGCACUUUCCCUGUGGUAAUUUCUUCGAAGUUAAAUCACAAAGAUAAAGCCCAGUUGCUAGAAGUCUUAAGAAAGCAUCGAGGCGUAAUGGGUGGACACUAGCCGACAUCAUGGGUAUUGAUGUUGCUGUUUGUACCCAAAAAAUCCAUCUUGAGGACGAUGCUAGACCAGUUCGAGAUGCUCAACGUAGGCUCAACCCUACUAUGAAGGAGGUUGUAAAAAAAGAAGUGCUCUAGCUGCUCACAAUGGGUAUCAUAUACCCAAGGUCUUAAAUUUCGAUUUCGACUCAAAUUUUGAAACUCCAAAAGUACGGAAAUUUCGACGGGAAUUUCGAUUUUGAUGUCGAUUUCGAUUUUGAUUUGAAAAAAUAACGGAAACUAGUAGUAAAGCAUG